UUUUGUGAGAACAUUCAAUAUUUUCAACAUAUAUGGAAGAAGGUUUAGUAGGUCCAAGGAUAUAUAGUAGUUGUAAAUGCAGAAAUCACAUUGCUCUUCAUGAUGAUAUUGUCUCCAAAAAUUUUCAGGCAAGAACAGGGAGGGCUUAUUUGUUUACACAUGCCAUGAAUGUAGUGAUAGGGGAAAAGGAGGACAGGCAACUAAUGAGUGGUUUGCAUGUUGUGGCUGAUGUUAAAUGCUCUGAUUGUGGGGAAGUUUUGGGAUGGAAAUAUGAAAAAGCAUAUGAUGAAACUCAAAAGUACAAAGAAGGAAAAUUUGUUCUUGAAAACUUUAAGAUUGUCAAGGAGGGGUUUUAUGAACAUAUUUAA